UCUAAUUCUCUCUCACCCACUCUCUCUCUCUUUCCAUCUUCCAUUUCUAAACCAAGUGCAGGAAUAGUUGUCUCAUUGUUAGUGGCUUAAAAUGAUGCUUUUGAACAUGAGGAUGCUGGGUGCUUUCGGUGACUAGUACCAUUCCCCACCUUUUUUCUUCUGAAUUUCUGAGCUAUUCUUUACCAGCUCUCUCUUUUAUUCUCAUGGCUACUAAAGCUGUACAAUUGCUUUCUUUUCUAGGUCCUUAAGCCGUUUGCUAAUGUUACUUUCUGAGCAUUUCCAAAGCUGGGGUUCUAGGAGAGUUUGGUGCGCCUGAACGGCUGACCCAUGAAAUAAAGGAGUAGGGCAGGCGGGGUGGAGAGUGGGGCCAGCUAUCAAUAGAAGAGUGACCCCCCCUCUCCGCACACGGUCAGCUAAUUGGCCAUUGUGGGAAAGUAUGUGUGCAUGUGUGUGUGUGUGGUGGGGUGGGGGUGACAGGUGGCCUUUGGAUUUUAGCUAAGCGUCUUCUUACCUCUUUGGAUUUUGUUAGAUUCAUUCUGGGUUGUUUAGGCCCCAUCUUUUCCUUUCCUCCUUCAAGACGACUCCUCUGUGUACUGACCUCUGCUCUAUUCGUACUAUUCCCAAGCCAUAUGGAGACUAAGGAGACUGAGCGGGGCUUCAGCAGGACUGAGAAUUGGACUUUUUUUGCUUGUUGAAAAUUGUACAAAAGACUCCUGGCCUUCAGUUUACUCCACCUGUCUCAGUAGAGUGGUGACUGCCUGCUGACAGAGACAAGGGAUUCUGACUGAAGUUCUUCUCUUGUACAAUAUAUAUUCCCUUUGCCAUACUGUCCCAUCAUUUUCCCUAUCGCUACAGGAGUACAGACCUGUGAUUAAGGGCUAAUGCCUUCGAAAUAAUAAGCCAUUCCAUGUCACAGGCUGCACCAAGCCAAUUCAUCCAGGUUGUCUCAUCUAAUAUCCCAGGCCUCCUGUGGGGUAGGGAGGGAAGGAAGGUGUUUCCAACACCGCCUGACUGGUGAGUCGGUUCACUGUGACCAGGUUCAAAGGCUCCAGUUCUUUUAGACAGGGACUGGGCAUCCCAGUUCCCUGACUCUCAGUCCUGUGACCCUUCGGUGGUGCUAACAGUGCUCUGGGUACAGUGGAUAGUGUGGCAGUGUGAGAGGACAGAAAGAAGGGGAACAGAAGAGCAGCUGUGUGGAGGAGCAGCCUAGGGCCGCUAGCUACUUCUCUUUCUCUGGCCAUGGAGGACUUGGUGCUCCCGAGGAGGUUGGAACAGGGAAUUUCCUACCCAUCCUGCAGAGGAAAGAAAAGCUAAGGGCCCAGGCUGCUGGCCUUUAGGUGAUGUGCUGUCGUGAGGCCUAGGCCAUGCCCAAGCUGGAGGAAAACCCUUGACGAUUGUCUGGAGGGAGAAGCAUGCAGGGCACCCAAAGAGGAGGACUAGGCCCUGGGCUGUCCCCUGUGGACAGACGGACACUUCUGUUCUGCAACUUUAUCUUGGCUGUAGCUUGGGGCCAAGUGAAUUUCACAGGAGACCAGGUUCUUCGAGUCCUGGCCAAAAAUGAGAAGCAGCUGUCACUUCUCAGGGAUCUGGAGAUCCAGAAGCCCCAGAAGGUGGACUUCUGGCGUGGCCCAGCCAGACCUAGCCUCCCUGUGGACAUGAGAGUUCCCUUCUCUGAACUGCCCAGUGUUAAAGCUUAUUUGAAGUCUCACGGCCUUGCCUACAGCGUCAUGAUAAAGGACAUCCAGGUGCUGCUGGAUGAAGAGAGAGAUGCCAUGGCGAAGUCUCGCAGGCUGGAACGCAGUACCAACAGCUUCAGCUAUUCCUCUUAUCACACCCUGGACGAGAUAUAUAGUUGGAUCGACAACUUUGUAGCUGAACAUUCUAAUCUUGUCUCCAAAAUUCACAUUGGCAAGAGCUUUGAAAACCGGUCCAUUCUUGUGCUGAAGUUCAGCACCGGAGGUCCAAAUCGCCCGGCUAUCUGGAUUGACACUGGGAUUCAUUCCAGAGAGUGGAUCACCCAUGCCACCGGCAUCUGGAUCUCGCAGAAGAUUGUCGAUGCAUAUGGCAAAGACCAUGUCUUGAAGAGGAUAUUGAGAACUAUGGACAUUUUCAUAGAGAUUGUCACCAACCCAGAUGGCUUUGCUUUUACUCAUAGCAUGAACCGCUUGUGGCGAAAAAACAAGUCAAGUCAACCCGGCAUCUUCUGCAUUGGCGUGGACCUCAACAGGAACUGGAAGACAGGCUUCGGAGGAAAUGGUUCUAACAAAAACCCCUGCUCAGAGACUUACCGAGGGCCGGCACCUGAGUCAGAGCCAGAGGUAGCUGCAAUUGUGGACUUCAUCACUGGCCAUGGGAACUUCAAAGCUAUGAUCUCCAUCCACAGCUACUCUCAGAUGGUCAUGUAUCCUUAUGGCCAUUCUCUGGAGCCUGUACCUAACCACGAAGAGCUGUUCAAUCUUGCCAACGAUGCAGUAAAGGCUCUCUACAAGGUUCACGGGAUCCAGUACAUUUUUGGCAGCAUCAGCACCACCCUCUAUUCAGCCAGUGGGAUCUCGGUGGACUGGGCUUAUGACAGUGGCAUCAAGUAUGCCUUCAGCUUCGAGCUCCGGGACACUGGACAAUAUGGCUUCCUGCUGCCAGCCUCACAGAUUGUCCCCACAGCCGAGGAGACAUGGAUGGCAUUACAGACCAUCAUGAAACACACCCUGAAUCACCCCUAUUAGCCACACUACUCAGGCCGGAGCAGUUGGAGUUCACCCUUUUCCCUGAAAACCCCCCUGAAUUAAGUAUCCCUUCCCCAAACCGUCGUUGGACCCUUAGCAAAUAGAAGCAAAUUUGAGCAGGCCUCACUGCCUCUAGUGUUGGCUGCCAUCUCUUUGGGACACCCCAC